AUAAUAUAUUGACUGUUCUUCUCGUUCGGUCGUCAUGUCUUGGCUGCCUCGCAUGGCGAACGACAGGGCGGUAGACUUUCUUGCUUGGAUACUCCAUGCAGCACUCCCCUCAAGAGAUUAAAACCAUCCUAGACCGUGUAGUAGACGCUGAUGGAAAUGUUUUGGACAUGCCGGCGGUUCUCGAGGCAGUGACGAUUUUGGAGCGCCUUCCCAUCACGAAAGAGGCCCUUGAGAAAACACGAUUGGGAAAGACUAUCAAUCUUCUUCGAAAGAAAACAACCAAUGAGGAAUUAGCCAAGAGGGCCAAAGGACUCGUUAAGAAAUGGCAAAAGUUAGUGAUCAAUCACCUUGAGACAUUGCGUAAUGCGGAUUCUCCGAUCAAUGGGAGCGGAGUAUCGUCACCGCAGAUUAAUGGGACUAUCAGGGAUACAGAGAAGCCUGCCUCUCCAUCUGUGGACAGGGCAGGCAAAUCGAAAAUCCUUGAAGGGAAAAAGAGGGGCGUCAAAAGGAAACGUAACAGUUGUUCAAGCUCUGAAAAUUCACCUGUUGUAUUCUUAAAGUCGGAUGAUUCUGAAAGUCAUCCGGGAACUCCUAAUUCUGGCCAGGACACAGGCCUCGGUAGUCAGAAAAGUAACACUUGUUCAUUAUCACAGACGUCGCAAACAGAGCCUUUUCAGGAUAAAGGAUAUUUCUCGUCAGUGUCUCAGUCUCGAUCGCAGACAUCACAGAGUGGAGAUAAGGAAAAUUUAUCGUCAUCAACUCAAACAACAGACUUACAGAGCCCUGAAGAUAACAGUGUUUUUUCGGUGGACUCUGGAAUUGGUUCACAGCCAAGUGUUACAAAGUUAGACGAAUUAAAUAUUGAAAGCCAAGCAGUUGCUCAAGAUUUGGAAUUGAACAGUACAUUACAAGAUAAGACAGAAAUUGAUUCUGUUUCAUGCAUGUCACAGGAUUCUCACGAAAAUCUACCAGACACCAGAUGGCAGUCAUCUUCACCGAAUGAAGAAGUGCCUAGUGAAUCAAACAAUGCCUCUAAGGUUGCUAAUAAUUUGCCUGAUGUUGACACAACAGAGGCGACUGCUGCACAAGAAUUACCUGUAGAACAGGAAUCGCCAACGUCACCCAUGACCAAAGAAUUAGUUUUAGAUGUAAAUGCCCAAGCAAAUGGUGUAACAGGCCGAUUUGGUGGUGACGGCAUGUGGUAUGACUGGACUGAAGUUAUGCCUUCAAGUGAUGGUGCUUUACAAGUCUUGCCUUACGUGAUCCUUGAGUAAAAUUGUUAAUAACAGCUUCGUCAAUGCCUUUAGUUGUGUUUGCAACACAUCGCAGAAAAGAUACAAGUUGUAUAAGCAAUUGCUUACAGUAUGAGUACAUCUAGGAUGUUAUUUUCUUUGUUAAAUUAAUAAAUUAACAUCACUUAGUGUG